AAAAAAAAAGCUUCGCACAACUAACUGCGAAAGGCUGAGGAGGAGGAGGAGGAGAAGGAGGCGGGACUUCCGGCGCGGGAGCAGAGCAGAACUACACCGGUCCGGCUGUUUAUCUCUUUGUGCAGCCGGAGAGGACCGAGGAAAGGCCGGGUUCUGAUAAGGUUGUGUCUCUACAAGCCACACUAUGCUGAGCUACUUGACGUCAGGAGGCUGCAGACUUCCUUUCUACCUCUUCGCCGUGGUUCUCCCCUUGGUUUCUCCUCUCACCCUGAACCGCCAUCAACAUCAGGAGGACGGCGACAAGGAACGACCCAAGCUGCUCCUCGUGUCCUUCGAUGGUUUCCGCUGGGAUUACAUCUACCGCGUCCCGACUCCCAAUUUCCGCAGCAUCAUGGACGAGGGCGUGAAGGUCGAGUUUGUGGAGAACAUUUACAUCACCAAGACCUACCCGAACCACUACAGCAUGGUGACGGGGUUGUACGCUGAGACGCACGGCGUCGUGGCCAACGAGAUGUACGACCCAGCUCUGAACCUGUCCUUCUCCAUGGAGACGGACAGCGUUUAUGACUCAAGGUGGUGGGAGCAGGCCGUGCCUCUCUGGGUGACGGUUCAGAAGGACGGAGGGCGGAGCGGAGCGGCCAUGUGGCCCGGGUCUGACGUAAAGAUCCACGGCAUGUUCCCCACUCGGUACCUCCCGUACAAUGCCUCGGUGUCCUUUGAAGCUAGGGUGCGGCGGAUUAUCGAGUGGUUCUCGGCGCCCGACGGGGAAGCCGUGGAUUUUGGAAUUCUGUACUGGGAGGAGCCGGACGAGAGCGGCCACAACCUGGGACCUCAGAGCCCGCUCAUGGACUCAAUCAUCGCCGGGAUCGAUGAGAAGCUCGGGUUCCUCCUGAAUGAGCUGAAGAAGGCCGGGCUGUAUGAGAAAGUGAACCUGGUUGUGACCAGUGACCAUGGGAUGGCCCAGCUUUCCCCCGAGAAGAUCAUAGAACUGGACCAGUAUGUGGACAGAGAUUUGUACACCUGGGUGGAUAAGAGUCCGGUGGUGGGAAUCCUCCCCAAAGAAGGGAAGCUCGACGAGGUGUUCGAAUUGCUGGCGGACGCCAACCCCAACAUGGUGGCGUACAGGAAGGACGACAUUCCCGAACACUUCCAUUAUCAGCACAACGUCCGGAUCAUGCCCAUCCUCCUGGAGGCCAAGGAGGGCUGGACCAUCAUGCAGAACAGGACCGGACUCUUCAUGCUGGGAAACCACGGCUACAACAACACCUUACGCGACAUGCAGCCGGUGUUUGUGGCCCGCGGUCCGGCCUUUCGCCAGAACUAUAUCAAAGCCUCCAUGCGAUCUGUUGACCUUUACCCUCUCAUGUGCCACAUCCUGGCCAUCCAGCCUCUGCCAAGCAACGGCUCGCUCCUAAACGUCCGGGACCUGCUGUCCUCGGAGCCGACCACCUCAGCGCCCGCUCUGGCCCGCUCCACUCCGCCUCCUAAGGUCAGCAGGUACUCGUACGCCCCGGUUGUGGGUUCGUUCAUCGGCGUGGUGAUGGUCCUGGGAUUCCUAGUGGUCUACGUCAUAUUGGUGACGCUAAAACAGCGGCCGGUGCUCAAACACAGAAGUUGGGAGAUGUCGCAGCCCUUAUUGCAAGAGGACUUGCACCUGUAGCUCCCCGAGGUUCGCUGUUCGGGCCCAGAAGCGUUCUCUAAAUGUUUCCCUCGCGGCAACAGAUGUGGUUGUGCAAGUGAAAUAUUUAUAGGGUUUGCUUCUGGUGCAGGUUUGAUAAAAAAAAUAAAAUAAAUAAUAAUAAUGUAACCAUGCUUUGAUGUGAAUUUAACUUAAGGUCAUGUAACAACUUCAAUGUCACUUUCUGCAUAGAGAUUUAGGACUAAGUGUGGAUUUUUAAACUGUGGUUCUGAGAAGUUGGAACUUUUGGUGGCAAAAACUAUGACUUGGGAUAAUGCAGAGGCAUCAUUAUGAUCAGACUGAUAAUCUACCAAAGGCGUUUUAUAGUUGAUAGUCAAGGUCAAUUUAUGUGUGCUUGGAUAUCUAUCCUUGUGGAAAAAAAGUUAAUUUUCUGUGACAAGAAUAAGGAUUUAAGAUAUUCAAAAAAGUACAUUUGAUCAAAUCGAAGAAAAAAUGGCAAAAGUAGAAAUACCUGCUUUUGCACUGGUGAGGUCUUUGCUCACACUUAUUAGUACACUUGUUAAAAAGGUGUGGAAAAAAAAAGUUAAGUAAUUUUGCAUUCCUGUAACAUUUUUCUUUCAGAAUACCUUAAAAAUAUGUCACAAUUUUUUUUUUUAAUUUAGUUGGACAAAAUUUCAAUGACAAAAUUUGGUUAUUUUUAGUAGUAUAUAUGAGGAGAGUAGAUAUCCAACUUGAACAACGCUGAUCUAUGAUCCAGAUUAUACGUAUAUACAUAAGUAGAUACAUUGGCAACUAUGAAAAAGCCAUUGGCUAUUAGGAUCUAAACAAAUUAAGCAUUUUUAAAAUAUUUUUUGACUUCUUUCUUAGCUCCUACUAUAGAUUAAAUUAAUUGGGGUCUGCAUGAGAGUCCACUGUUUGGAACCAGCUUUUAUGACCCCAUGUCCAACAUGGAGCAAAGAGCUAGUUAUGACAAAAGAUGCUGAAAGCAACAGGUGGGGGAAUCAGAUAACUGGGUAUGCCUUCAGACAAUCUUUGCCUUUUAAGCGUUCAUAGUUUUUACACAGAAAGAGUCCACCAAUGAAGUGUGCGGAGCAUUUUUGCCGUCUCUCGUCGACUUGUAAGCAGAAAGAGGUGGAAACGUGUCGGAGAUUAAAAAUAGCUGUUCAACAUGAUACUUUUGAGCUAUUCUUAGGCGGCAGGCAGUUUUGAUUUGACAUUUUCAAAUCUAUGCAAAUCAGAUUUGUAUGUCACGAAGUAAAGGAGGACCAAAGUCUACUUAGAAUUUUCCACCACUUGUUCUGCUUGCGGUUUGAGCAUCGGAGAAGAUGUUACUUUAUACUGGAAAUGCUGUGAUUCUGCUAAAGUAUUAAAAAAAAAAACUGCUCUAGCUUCAGGAGACUGGUCAUGGUCACUGUUCAUUUUGAAUGUUACCUGGAAAAUUCACUCUGUGUGUCAAGCUACUUCAUGUGUAGGGCAUUCACGUCACACUACCUUGCUCUUUCUUAGUCAGCUACCAUUUGCCUUUAAACUAAAGAGAGUACACCUCUCGAGCGUUCAUUUUGUCUUCUGGUCUGUUAUGCCCUCUUCACACCAGAUUAAGGUGGCCCUAGUCUUCUGGAUUUCUGUCGCAGUUGGAAGUUUACAACAAAUUUACCCUUGGAAAUUUGGAAAACCUAAUUUUAGAGUGAAAUGUCUGUACUAUGUGAUGGAGUACAUCACCUUUCUCUUCUGCGUUUUUGACUGUCCUAUCGAAAUACUACCAAGGUAUCUCUGCUUUUUACAAAGUUUUGCAUUUAAAUUGCAGCCCGAAUAAUAGUGCAGCCUUCUUACAAACUGGCCAUACACGCAAUUUGGAGGUGUGUGCGCCUAAUCUGACCGUAUUGGAUCCACUCAUGAAGGCAUUCAAAGUAGAAGGUCUUUCAUGGCCUAGUCACAGUCUGGUGUGAAGGGGGCUUUAAUUGUUGACUGUCUAGGGAGGGCAUUCUUUUUCUUUCAUAGAUGAUUGUGUAUUUCGCUACUUGUCGUAAUUAAUGUUGUAACCAUGGCCAUAUUGUCGGUGAAAUGUGAAGUGCAAUUGCAAACUGUCUGUACUAUGUCUUAGGAAUUCUAGGUUUUGUUGUCAAUUUGGUGGAGAAGACCUUCUCGGAACGACUCGCAAGACAUGAUCCCCUUUUGCACUACAGGAUUGAAACAAGUUGUUGGACGCUUCUUAGGACAUGUAGCCUCUAAUUUACACUUCUAGUUCAUCGUAGCCGUUACAAAUAACGAAAAGAAGAACCGACUCUUCCUGGAAAGCUUUUUAAUUUGCAUAGUUACAGAAAAGACUUGAAUCCAGAUCAGUUGUCUGUCUAUUUUUGCUGCACCUUGUAGAUAUAUAUAAACUAAAAGAUUGGUUUACUUUUCUCCGUUUGCUUUUUGAAUGGCUUAGCCGUGCCCAAAAACAACAGACAUCACUGUGAUAUAAAUAUAGAUAUACUUUUUACAAAAUUUCAAUUCAUAAAUUAAAAGCAUUUAUAUGGGAACUACCUACUUUCUCAUCCUUGUAACGUUUUAAUAAACAAAAGUGUUGUCUAAUAACUUUCCCAGACCCACUGAUAUGGAAGUGAAGUAUUAUAUUUCAAAAUCAUUCAAGAUCAGCAGUAUUAUAUUUCAAAAUGAUUCAUUUGUACUUGCUGAAAAGAAUAAGAGUUUAUUAUUAUCGCCUUGGAUUUGGAUACAGUGAAUAUUUAAUAUGAGUGACAGAUUCUAUCUUUGCCAUGUUUCUGCAGUUAAGAGUCUUCUGAAAAUAAAGUGGCUCAUAAAAACUUGAA